UCCAGACUAUAACCUCCCCCUUUCUUCCUUUCUCAUCCCCUAACCUGCCUGAGGCCCCUCCAAGGGUUUAUACGCGAUGGUGGGCAUUGGCUGCUUCCCAUCCCUCCACCACCCUCUCCUCAUUCUGCUCCUCUCCUGCACUCUUCUUCCCUUUGCCUCCUCAAUCUCCAGCCUCAAUGCCGCUUCCAUUGCCCGUCGCCAGCUCCACAACCUUCCUGAAAACGGCGACCUCGCCCGCCACUAUGAGUUCAACGUCAAAACCGGCGACAGCAUAAAAAAUCCUCGCCUCCACCGCGCCUACGUCGCCCUCCAUGCCUGGAAACAUGCCAUAUAUUCCGACCCAUUCAACAUUACAGCCAAUUGGGUUGGGCACCAUGUCUGCAACUACACCGGCAUCUUUUGCGCCCCCGCCCUCGAUGAUCCCUUUGUCGACGUCGUUGCCGGUAUUGAUCUUAACGGCGCCGAUAUAGCCGGCUAUCUCCCCUUCGAGCUUGGCCUCCUCACCGACGUUGCACUUAUCCACAUAAACUCUAAUCGCUUCUGCGGAAUCAUUCCCAAAAGUUUAUCUCGCCUCUCUCUCCUCCACGAGUUGGACGUGAGCAACAACCGCUUCGUUGGGCCUUUCCCCUCUGCCGUAAUCACCAUGCCCGCUCUCAAGUAUCUUGAUCUCCGCUACAACGACUUCGAAGGCCAACUUCCCGCUGAGCUCUUCGAAAAAAACCUUGAUGCGGUAUUUCUCAAUGACAACCGCUUUCAUUCCUCCAUCCCGGAGAACCUAGGCAGCUCUCCUGCUUCCGCCAUCAUUCUCGCUAACAACCAUUUCUUUGGUUGCAUCCCGAGAAGCGUCGGCGACAUGUCGGGAAGCCUUAAUGAAAUCCUAUUCCUUGGAAACGAUCUCUCAGGUUGCCUGCCGCCGGAGAUCGGCAAGCUUGGUAAUCUCACCGUGUUCGAUGCCAGCAACAACUUCUUUUCCGGCUCCGUGCCCAAGACUUUCGCAGGGCUCAGCAGGGUCGAGGAAAUUAAUCUGGCUCGUAAUUUACUCACCGGAGUUGUUCCCGCACAAGUGUGCAGGUUACCCAAACUUAGGAAUUUGAAAUUCUCCUUUAAUUAUUUCAAAGGCAGUGCUGCUGAGUGCUCCGCUGCGUCAAGGCCUGGAGUUGUGUUCGACGACAAAAAUAACUGCAUUGCCGACCGGCCUAAGCAGAAAAAGCCCGAAGUAUGCGAGCCUUUGGUGAGAAAGCCGGUCGACUGCAGCAAGUCUAAAUGCGCUGGUAGCUCCGGUGGAUCCCCACCGUCCAAAAGAAAGCCCUCUCCGAAGCAUAGCCUGAAGCCAAUUACCCCCGCGCCGGCAGCCCCAAUUCCUUCUCCAUCUCCAUCUCCUGUGGCUGCCAGCCCCACUCCGGCGCUGGUGAUGCCGCCAUCUCCGACUCCCUCGCCGAAUCCAUCUCCGACACCUUCGCUGAACCCAUCUCCGACGCCAGCUCCAAUGCAUGCCCCAGCACCUGAACCCAACCCUGUUAUUAGCUCGCCUCCGCCUGUGGAGGAGGCACCAUCUCCUUCGCCAACGGAGGUCUCCCCAGUUGCGCACACCAGCUCCCCACCUCCGCCAGAUUCUAAGCCGCCUCCUCCACUGAGCUCACCAGCGCCUCAACCUGCUGAAGUUCCCAAUAGACCAACUCCGUCGAGCUCAACACCUCCACCACCGUCACCAUCGCCGUCACCACCACCAGCAGUGCAAUCACCACCACCUGCCGUGAAUUCACCACCACCACCACCACCACCGACUCCGAUGUACUCACCACCACCAGCACCAGUUUUCCACUCCCCAGCCCCGCCAGUGUAUGCACCGCCACCACCAUUGAUCCACUUACCACCACCUCCGCCCGUCAACUUCCCUCCACCUCCAACAAUAGCAUCGCCGCCACCGCCGCCCAACUUCUCAUCACCACCGCCACCUUACUCGCCAUCAGAAUAUCCAGAUAUUGUGAACCUCCCACCCACCGGUGGAUAUAGUUACGCUUCUCCGCCACCGCCGAUUUACCCUGGCUAUUAAUGAAUAACGAACUUGGAAAAUGAGGUCGCCCACAACUUUUGAUAGGAACCAUGGCUAAUACGAAGAUCUAAUCUCUUUAUUGUUCCUGUGAUAAAAUUUACAAUACGGCGAGAAUAUAAAGAGAAAAUUUUUCGAUUUGCUUUGUGUUUAUGCUACAAAUAAGACGAAGAGGGAGAGGAAGCUGAAAAAUGUUAUAGAAUAAAUUAUAAAUUUUAUUUGUUGAUAUCUUUUUCAUAGUCUUAUAUUUAU